GGUUUGUUUACACAUUCCGCAGUAAUCGGUUCGCAGCCUAUCAGCACACACACACAAAAAAGCAAAAACAGUGCCAUCAUAGAAGUGUGUUAAAAAACGUUUUAUUUUCAUGUAAUCUAAUGUAACAUUCAUUCCCCCAGUGCCAAAAUACUCAAACAACCAAGUGCCAAGUGUUUUACGUGCGUGCCCGCGACAGUUCUGCAUGGGCUCCCGUGCCCUUUGUGUCGUGUGCCCGUUGCUUUCCACUUGUUGCUUUGUGCGAUGAGAAAGUUUCAACGGUUUCUCGCUUCCGUGGCAGCUUUGGCCGUGCUGUAUGGCGUGUAUCGAUACUCCUUCCGCAAGGACAGUGAAGGGAACUAUCUGUUUCUGCUGCCCGGGGAGGGUGGAAGGUCAGUGAGCGACAGCGAACAGCAAUCGUCAGCGGUGAGCAGUGAGCGGGAGUGGUCGUCCGUGGAUCCUUCCCGGUUGGCCAACUUGACCGGAUUCGAGUAUGUAAUAGCGAACGAUAUCUGCAAGGAGAACGGCAGCUUUUCGGAACUACUGGGAGUGAUUCUGGUAACCUCGUACGUCGGUCACGAUGAGAUCCGCGCUGCCCAUCGACAAGCCAUAUCGCAGCAGAAGCUGCUCUCGAUGGGGCUGUUGCGUAUAUUUUCCCUCGCCUCGAUUCCACCAACCGAACGCUUCAUCACGCAGGCCGCCAUCGAAGCCGAACAGCGCCUGCACGGCGAUCUGAUUCAGGGCAACUUCGUCGAGGCGUAUCGUAAUCUCACCUACAAGCACCUGAUGAGCUUGCAGUGGGCAACGCAACACUGCCGCGGUGCCAAGUAUCUGCUCAAGAUGGACGACGAUAUCGUGUACGAUCCGUUCUAUAUCCAGAACUAUCUGUCCGAUCUGCACCAGAGCGAGGAGGCGCGAACCCACCACCACCUGCUGGCCGGGUACGUGUUUCGCAGCAAAAAGGUCAUCCGUUUGCAGGCGAACAAGUGGUACGUGUCGCGGGACGAGUUCCCGGGCGACAUUUACCCCCCGUACCUGUCCGGGUGGCUUUACAUCACGAACCAGCGGACGGCCCGGGCACUGGCGGCGGAAUCGCAGAAGGCGGGCAGCUUCUUCUGGAUCGACGACACCUUCAUCACGGGCAUACUGGCACAGCGGCUGCAGAUACAACCGACCGCCCUGAACCGCUGGUACAGCUCCAACUCCGAGUUUCUGGACUGCUGCAUCCGGGACAUGAAGCGCUACUCGUACCAGUGCGACUACUACGUCGGCCCGAACGGUGGCAAUGGGAAGCUGAUCAUGGAGUUCAUCCAGGAGCUGGAACGGUGCUACGACAAUGCGUGCUACCAGCGGCCCCCGGGCAAAUCGCUCACCGCGACGUGCGUUGCCGAGUACAAGCAGCAGAUCCAGCCCGACCACGGUACGGCCAUGAUCAGUCAGAUGAAGCUGAGAAAGUAGUAUGGUAAUGGUAAGCUAAGGGUACGGGAAUAGUUACCAAACCGAUAUAAAUAACCCCCUCCAUCCACUAGCAUGUGCCAACGAACGAAACAACGAACUACCUUUCCUCCCUUACCAUACUAUCAUUGCCAUUUUAGUGGGGGGAAAAAGACACAUUUUUUACACACAUCCGUCCUUAAUCAUGUGCACGAUCACACAAACGAUACUGCCAUUAAUUUUUAAUCCCUCUUACACUAAGAUAGAGACAGAGAGAGGGAGAGAUGUAUUAGUAUUAGUAGUGCAAGACUUACAAGUAGAUUUAGUUAGCAAAAGCGUAUUAUUUUACAUCAUCGAGAACCAUUCCCUCACAAAACUUACGAGACCGAUCUUUAGAACCGAUCUGUGAUACCAAUUGCUGCACAAAACACACAAACACUACCGGACCGGAAUCUCAGCCCCAAAAAAACGCGGUGCAAUAUAUAGGUAAUUCCUCCGAUGUGUUUAUUGCGUGGUUUCAAGUAUUAUUUUGAUCACUAAAUAAAUCGCUUGCAUAGUAGCAAUGUGAACAACGGCAA